ACUGAUCAAGAGAUAUGCAGCGCAAAGGAACAGGAUUUGAGACAGCCCAGGGUUUCCUCUUCUAGUAGGUUUAAAACAUUUUUUUUUUCCUCACUAACUUCCUUCCUGUUCUAACUGCCAGUACUCAGAAGUCAGAGUGAGAGACAGAGGCACCCCAGAGAGCCGUGAGCCACUGAAUAUCAAAAUGACUGAAAAGGACCCAGAAACACACCUGGAAGAGGAUGUCGAUGAGCUGGACAGCAAGCUCAAUUACAAGCCUCCACCCCAGAAGUCCCUGAAAGAGCUACAGGAGAUGGACAAAGAUGACGAAAGUCUGAUCAAGUACAAGAAAACACUCCUGGGGGACGGCCCUGUGGUGGCAGACCCGACAGCCCCCAAUGUCACGGUUACCCGGCUUACCCUGGUGUGUGAGAGUGCCCCAGGACCCAUCACCAUGGACCUCACUGGAGAUCUUGAAGCCCUCAAAAAAGAAACUUUUGUGCUAAAGGAAGGUGUUGAAUACAGAGUCAAAAUUCACUUCAAAGUGAACAGGGAUAUUGUGUCGGGCCUGAAAUACGUUCAGCAUACCUACCGGACUGGGGUGAAAGUGGACAAAGCAACGUUUAUGGUUGGCAGCUAUGGGCCUCGGCCAGAGGAGUAUGAGUUCCUGACUCCAACUGAGGAGGCUCCCAAGGGCAUGCUGGCCCGAGGCACUUACCACAACAAGUCCUUCUUCACCGAUGAUGACAAGCACGACCACCUUACCUGGGAGUGGAACCUGUCCAUUAAGAAGGAGUGGACAGAAUGAGUGCAUCUGCCCAUCCCUUUCCCUACCUUGCCACCCAGAAGUACCCUCUCAGUCAUGUUCACCACCUUGUCCCUCCUCCAUGUUCACAGCUGGAUCCCUUCCCCAAUGCUCCCCACAUUCUGUUAUCCACACAUCUUAUCCCACAAUGUCUCUCAAAGUGUUCCCUAAGCACGACAUGCUUAAAACCCAGGCUUUAAUCCAGCACAUUUCUUCUGGUCCCCCAUCAUGGCCAGAACUUCAAAAUUCUUCAUUUCAAUACCCAGUCAUUUAAUGUUUCCUUCUAUGUUUCCCAUUUGAGCAACUAGAGGCCAAGAAAUUGGCAAACCACCACCAACAGUCCUUUUGCCUUGGGUUCCAGUAGCUCAUUCCCAUCCCUGGAUUCUUCUGUGGUUGCUGCUGGCUCAGUGAAGGUCCCUAAUCACAUUCCCUACCAGUUGAGGUUCUUCUUUUCUGGGAGACUGUAAACAGCACAAGAGAGUAAAUAAAACAAUUAAAUGAUCCAA